GAAAGACAACGUACGCGCUUGCAUUGAAGUAAUAAAGUAACAUUUGAAUUUCGCUCUUUUCCGCAACGCAACGGUAUGCAUUUGUAUAAUGUGUUGCCUUGCGACUGCCGUCGUUGCUGUGCUUCGUAGUCGGAAACAGUGAUUAUCGGCGGCAAGUGGGUGAUGAGUGUACGAUAAAAAUUUAGAAAAUAAAAAGAAAGGCGUGUGUAAGAGUGGUGAGAUAAUGGAGGAGACCUCCACGGAGAAUGCUAAGAUCUCCGAUUCCGGUUACUCCAACACUUGCAGUAAUAGCCAAUCGCACACCAGUAGCGGAAGUUCCCUAUCGAGAAACAGUAACCGAUCUGCCAGCAGCGGAUACCAUGGCGGCAAUAUUUCAGUUUUCAGCUCUUGUCGCAGGAGAUUUGUCGCACCACGAAGCCCACAUCGAGACCUUACCGAAGCCGAUUGCCAAACGCAAAGAUAAAGGCCACAAGAAGAAGAAAUCGAAGAGCGCCCACGUGGAGAGCAUCCUGCUGAAUUCCACUGCAGCGAACGCGAUACCCGUCGCGCCGUUGACGAACGUCACUGGGAUCGGCAGCGUCGAAGCUUGCAAGCCGGCGAUCGACAAUAAAACAGAAGAAAAAGCAGUUGUAGAGUUGGUGGAUGCUACGGAUCCUGGAGUGCACAAUAACAACAACUUGGCAGCUGGUCCUGAAGCUGGACUUGACACAAAACGAAGUCCGAUCGAAGAUUCCAGCUUACAAUCCACUGAGGAUGUAUAUGCUGUGAUAUCGAUGCACGAUGGUGUUGUAUUACAUGCUACACCCACAUUACUCGCAGCACUAGGUUACCAAAAAGGGUCAUGGACUGGAAAGCUGUUUAUCAAUUUUCUCGAUCCACGAGACAAAUCAACACUAACGGACAGAAUAGCAAGUGAAAUUGCAUCCUUUAGGGAUCCUUGUUCAUCAGGUGCGAAUAAUCGUAAGGCAAGCAUCUACUGCCGUUUACGCAGGUGUACAGUUUUCCAAUGCACUUCCAAUACCAAUAACAACGGUCAUCAAACUGGAUUUGAUGGCCAGUACGUACCUUACCGCAUUGAUCUGAUGAUUCAAAACUUUCAUAAAGACAGCUCGUCCACUGGUCAGAAGCAAAUCAUGAUACUUGUUGCAUCUUUUCAUCGUGUGUACUCGGCAUACAAAGUGUCUGAAGAAACUAUAAUACCUACGGUAUUUACAACUCGCCACACCGCGACUUGCCAUCUGUCUUUCAUUGACCCUGAUGUUGUACAGUACUUAGGCUAUCUGCCACAGGAUAUGAUUGAUCGUUCGCUGUUUGACUUCUACCACCCAGAGGAUCUACCACUCAUCAAAGACAUCUACGAAACUAUGAUCAACAUGAGCACCUUGAGCAUCUCAUCCUUCAGAUCAAAACCGUAUAGGUUCAUUAUACAAAACGGCUGCUUCGUGGUGAUUGAGACUGAAUGGUCAUCUUUCAUCAAUCCUUGGACAAAAAAGUUAGAGUUCGUCAUAGGUAAACAUCGAGUACUAAAGGGCCCAACUGAUCCUAAUAUAUUUCGGCCACCGGGUGACUCGAAAAAUAAUCUCCUAGCAAACAUUAGCGUCGAAAUCCUGAAGGAAGCUAAAAUCAUAGAAAAAGAAAUCAAGGAGCUUUUUGUUCAGGGAGUUCAGAAAAAGCAUAACGCUUGUCAGGUAAUUGACAAUGACUGGUUCACUUGGAAGAAGGAGCUGACCACAUUUAUAGAGAGUGCAAUUCAGGAAAGCAAAAGCACGGCUCCUAUCAAGGAUAGUAUAGCAGUGGACGACAGGAGCUUUUCGGGAUUACUUAAUCCUGGCUUGCAGGAGCACGACAGCGUGAUGCUUGGCGAGAUUUCACCCCAUCACGAGUACUUCGAUAGCAAGUCGUCGAGCGAGACACCGCCAAGUUACAACCAGCUCAACUAUCACGAUAAUAUCGAGCGAUUUUUCAACAGCAACAUCGAUGUCAAUGCUAAUAAUGGCCCUUAUGCCAGUGACGAGGAGAAUUUACACUCGAGCGCUAAUAGCAGUGACGAACCUGACAAGAACAACAUUUCAAGGCCAGAACUGAAAUGCACCUCGUCGACAAACGGCAGCGGCAAUAGUGGCAGUGCUGAGAAUCUGAGCAGUGAGUCGAACAACCAGCAGAGCUUCGGCAGCAACCGCGAGACCAGCAAUACGACCAGUAACAAUUCAACGAACAAUGAUGGACGACGAUUGAAGCCGCCGGUUCUUACCGAGUCACUUCUCAAUCGUCACAACGAAGAUAUGGAAAAGCUGAUGGUGCAGAAGCAUCGCGAGCAGAAGAAGGAGGACAAGCGUGCAAAGUCGUCGCUUAACGAGCAGAAGAGCAAAAUUGCCGAGCAACCCUCAGGGAGUCGUGAUAAUCUUAAUAAGACUGCCGGCAACAGACUCAAAAGAACUGGCAGUCAAAUCUGGGAGGGUGAUAAUAAUUUUAAGAUAUCGAGAUACGACGAUACUAUCAAUGGAUCCUCAAAUACUAAACCAAUAACUACGAUGCCUAACAUCAAAUUCACCACUGCUGGAAUAGAACAUUCCGCCGCCACUGGUAUAGCCAAAGUCAAUCCGAACAUCAACGCGUGCCCCUCAACUUUUGCUACGAUGCCUUCCACUAGUGUAACGCAACAAUGCUUUUCAACUCAAAACGCGUGCUCUCAAGCGACGACCCGGUUCCCGAGCUUACCGCAAAUGUUUCCCGUCUAUUACCUUCCUAUGUCUCAGCCCAGGGAUAAUCUACCCCUAAGUGCCAUACCUCAAGAUCAUUCAGGACAACCUAAUCUAUUUGCUCAAGCAACACCAUACUGUUUCGUGCAGAUGCCGUACGUGGCGCCAGCGAUGCCUCCGCUAGUUUACCCCCCAGUUAUCGGAGCACCGGCUCCGCCGACAAUGAUGUACAGGUCGUACAUCGUCCCGGAGACAGUUGCAACGGCAACGCCGAUAAGCGUGGUACCACAACCAGCACAGUCCUGCCCACCAGCAAAUCCACCAGCAGCAGCCACCACAGCCACGGUCGUGAGUCCGUUCGAUCUGAAGAGGCCCAACAGUCGAGCUACGAGCGUGAAAGGCGAACCGAGCAGCACGAUAGCUAUGUCCGAAUCCUCGAAGAAGAUUUGCUCACCAUCCGGCAUCAUGUCGUCGUGCGUUAGUCACGAGGAUGGAUGUCUAUUCAGUAUCUGCUUGAACAAGAGCUGCGACAGUAGUAGCAAUACCGAUCAACGUCACACUACGUCGUCGUCCGAGUUGCAAAAAACUCAGCCAGCCUACCAGAAGAGUAAAGAGACGCGUCGAGUAUUCGGAAUAGUACGCAAGGAGCCACCAUGGAUCGAAGGUAUCAAGCUGACCCCCGAGCUAAUCUAUCAGUAUCAAAUACGUCCGAAAGAUUUAGAAGACGUGCUGAAGACUGAUAUGGAAUUUCUAAAACAAUCUAAACAGCCGAACAUCGUGAAUGAUCAAUUAGGACAAUUGUUCUUUGAUCUUGAUCUCGAGGGUUUAGGCUCGAAAUUGAUACUCGAGAAGACUGGCACUAACAGCGCUGAUGACAGUAGCAGUAAUGCGUCUCAGAGAUUGAAAAAGAACAGGACUUUCGCAUGAUCUUGAUAAUCGUCCAAGUCGCAUGGGCGCUUGGUGAUUUACAGAUCAACGCCGAGCACAGCAAAUGAUAAUAGCAAACGAUAAUUCAACAUUCUUGAAAGAUUUCAAUAUUUUUGGAGCCGUCAGUCCGAGAAGUUUUACAAUUGAAGGAAAUAAAAAUAUUACGUAUAUCAAAAAAUAUUUUUCGGGAGAUGUACAGAAAGCAAGAAAAACAGAAAGAAAGCGCAACUUAACAGGAUAUGCAAUCUUACAAAGUAAACUUCACAUUUGCCUUUUACGAGAUGAAGAUCAAUCGCACGAGUAGACUAAUUAUUGAAUUCCACGCGGUCGGGAUGAUUUUAAGUUUUCUUGAUAACGGAAAUUCAACGAAUAGUCUUCGUGAUUAUUUUAUAUAGUGCACGCAUGUACUUCCUUUAUUUAGUUUUUUAAUAAAUGCAAAGAACGUGUCUACUACUCUCCUUCGAUUUAAUGUGAAUAAAUGCAAAAGACAGUUGGACAACGAUUACAGUGAGCAGUUUUCAGUCAUUUCUUUUAAAUAUAGUUGAUUUUAUAUUUUAAGCUUAGCAUACCGAACAAUAUGUAAGUAAAUCUCAAUAUUCAAUCAUAAAUACCGUUAGCGAGUCUGAAUGAUUGCAAAUAAUUUAGAAAAUUUUUUUGUGAUUACUUAUUUGUCAGGUUUAUUUAGGUUCGAUCUUGAGAAAUUUGUAAUGAGUUAAUACUUAUUAUUUUUAUAAACAAAGAAGAAAAGUAUUAUUUAUUGCAAUGCAGAUACUAAAAACGAUAAUAACUUUGUGAAAAUGUCCAUAUGUAUGAAUAAAUAGUCACAAAAUUAUUUUUUAAAUUAUUGCGAUAUCUACAUUAUCAAUCAAAGCAGAUUCUGGAGCUAGCUUAAUGUGAAUGUGAUCACUAUAUACUUUCUUCCUAUUAUGGGAAAGUAUAGUAAUUUAUUUUCAUUACAUGAGCUAUUGUUUUAAGAAAUAUACAUCGUAAAACUGACCUUUUUUCAGUCGAUUUCAAUUGUUUAUGUUCUAAUGUGAUUACAAAAAGAGCGCGAUUGUUGCUGUAUAAUCGUUGAUAGCUGAGAAUCUGUCGCACCAUAUCAAGUCUUUUCUAUAUACUACAAAAUGUCAAUGCGUUUUUUCGUCGUGCUUUUUAUAUAAUACUGUACAACAUUGUAUACAUAUUUUUUCUAGCAAGGUUUAUUUGGUAGAUUAUACGCAUAAUAUGCUUAAAGUAUAAUUAGUUUCAUCCGUGUUAAUUAGUUUUUUUUAGUGGUUCAUUGCGUGCUUUACAAGAUGUACCACCAUUCAAAGUAUAUAAUCUGUAGUAGAAUAUAGGUUCAGACAAAUUACAAUUACAAUUACAAUUUUUCAACAAAUUAGUAGUCUUUUUUUUCGAGCAUUAUUCCAUCGUCGAUAAUAUAAGAUUUCUAUACGCGUUAAUAAGAUGCUACAUGAAUGUAUGUUAUCAAUUGAAUAACGAUCAGUUAUUUAAACGUGAUAAUAGUGCAAAAUUGAGAUUCGAAACAAUAGUUGAGUGAUGAAAUAAUGUUUUGUAAGACUCAUGAAGUUCUUCAAUACUACUAGCAAAACUGUUUUUUUUUCACUGAAAAGUAAACAAAUGAUUAAUCUAGAUUACACGUAUUAUACCUUCCAGCUUUAUACUACCAAAUAAUCAAUUUUAAAAAUUUCUUUUAGAUAAUGAAAUGGAAUUUGAUUACUUAAUAGUUACUAAAUUAAGGUAAAUAAUAUCAAUAAAAUUUUGUUAUUUUCUUUUUUAAUUACAUUUUACAAAUAUCAUUUAUUUUACCAAUAUGAUAAUUACUUUUAUAUUUAUUUAAGUAUAAGUUUUAAAUUACAUUUUUUCAAUCAUUAAACUGAAUUUAAGAUGACAUUGAAAGUUAAGAAACCACAUAGGACGUUUUUACAUUUGUAUCAUUGCUUAUACAAUAUCAUUUGAUAUGUUUUCAUUCAUUUCAGAGUAAAAAUAAAUGAGUUGAUUAUUAUAAAGAUUAAUUUACUUCUUUAUUAUGAUUGCAAUCUUAAUUAUUUUUAAUCAUUAAUGGAAAUCAUCAAUUUUGUAUCAACUAAUCAUGUCAAUUCGGAUUUUCUAUAAAAACACGAUUUGCAUUUGCCUAGAUCGAUAAUGCAAUCCUUGAUUAUUUCACCACUAUUGUUUUUAUUUUUCUGUCAAUUACUAUGUAAUUAGAAAAGAGAAUUAGGUAAUUGGAAAAAAACUUUAUUCAUCCGCCUUUGCUGAAAACUUAAUAAAUAGUCUUACAAAUAUUUAGAAAAUGGUAAUUAUAAACAAUUUAUUUCACAUCUAAAAGGUUAAGUCAAGUUUGUAAAUUAAUUAUAAAAAUUUUUGGAUAACAAAGGUGUAUGGAUUCAGUUGUUUAUAUAUGUCAUAAAAUUAUGUUUUGAUAAAAUGUACAAUUAUGAUUAAAUUAUAAAUAAGUUCUUGAAAUAUAUAAUACUUACAGUUUCAUAUGAAAAAGCCAAUUCUGAACUCAUUUGUCAAAAUGAUUAACAAAAAUUAAGGCGAUUUUUGGAAAGAAAAACUUAUUGCGACACAUAAAUGCAGCACGUAAUCCUUAGGACUACUGUGAUUUAUACAUUUUUCAAGUAUUGAUGUAAUAAUCGGUUUUUGUGCAACGCUUUGCUUCGCGCAUUUAGGGUAAAAAGUGUUUAUAAUAAUUUUUAUGAUUAUAUACACGUUUUGAAAUAUCAUUUUGAGAUUUAUUGUUUAAGUAUUAACGAGCGAUUUCAAGCACGUAAAACGUGAUUUAUACCAUUUUUCAUGUUUCGAAAAAUAAAAAUAAUGAACCCCGAAGAUACAGUUUUUUGUGAUAGAUAUUUUUCGGACAGGUAUAGCACCUUUAAUGAUUGAUGUUUUUUAUAAUUUUAUAAAUUUAAAUAAAGCCUUAAUUCAAUUAUCAAUCAUUCACGAAUUUCUGCAAAUACCUAGCGUGACUAUUUUUUUUUUAGUUUUUAUCAAAAAAAUUUUGCAUUAAAGUGCACUCAAGCGGGUCAAAUGCUUUUAUCCCAAAUUGAGUAUAGAUAUUGGAGAUAAUUGAAUAAAAUAUUAUUAGUACAAAAUUAUGUAUCUGAUGGUGGAAUUGUAAUCAAAGCGUUCCUUUACAAGUAUGCUUUAAUUGGUAUUUUUGUAUAUUCAGUUUGUAUGUUUUCGAUGUAUGUUGUAUGUAUUCUAUAUAAUUUACAUGAAUUUUUUUAGGUAUACUUUAUAUUGAUAAGUAUGAAAUAUGUCUAACAUUUGAAACAAUUCUGUUUUUACCAAAACAAAAAAAUUAUUAUAUUAAUACUUCUUUACUAAUGAAAUAUUGGAUUUCAUUGAAACUGAAUAUGUUUACCGAGCCAUGACUUUUUAAAUAAAGUUGUUACAAUAAAGGAGGAUUUAAUUUUCUGUCACCUAGAAAUGAUAUU